AACUCCGAGUAAAAGCAGCGCAACAUCUUCGACUUCGAGAUGGAGAACGAUUUGAUUUAAUUCCGCCUUGGGAGCAGAAAUCGGGCAGCGUCCGGACUCCCGCUCGGUGCUGUCCUCCGGACUGAAGUUGGAUCUCGCCUAAAUCCUCGACGAGCUCGUCGAUAGUUGGACGAGUUGCUGGUGCAGAUAUCUUCGACUGUCUCGGAAGCCGCCAGGUGAUUGUUACGGCCACCAGGACCACCGGCAAUGUAGAUCGAAAUUUUUUUAUUCCGCCAAGACCAUCAGCAAGUUCGCGGACGGUGCUUUGUGCGGAUGCCUCAAAUUCCCUGAUCUUGACGAGAUGGCUGAUGAAGCUGCCAAUACCAUCGACGAUGAAGAUCCAGAGGCCGAAGAGGAGCGUUGUUCCUUCGUCGGGCACGACGCUGUUGAAGUUGAAGUUGAAGUUGGCCAUUGAAUUCGCUGAUGAAUUCAUCGAAUCCCCUACCUAGCGCGCCAGCUGUUCAGCUGUUGGUGUUUACCGCCAAGCUUGCUCAGAAAUACUCUUAGCAGUAAAGUUUGUAGGUAGGGAUAGACUGUUCUGGAACUCGAUGGUGCAAAAAAACACAAAGAUUUAGACAGGUUCAGGCCGCGAGUUGCGUAAUACCCUACGUCCUGUGUGGUGGUUUGUAUUGCCUUAAGUAUUGAUGUUGUGAGGGAGUGGUGCUGGUUGUUGUUCGUGGUGCUGGUUGUUGUUGUCGUGCAGUGGUCGAGGGGAUCCAGUCCGUGUUCGGGGAGGAUGAGUUCGUGCGCUGUGGGCUUGGCAGGGACCAGAUGGCCGCGCGCCUUGCCGCUACCGCUGCAGCUGCGCUAUUCCCCGGUGCCAUUUCUGGCGUCAUCUCCGACAAAAUAGGACCACGGAUGGUUUGCAUAUUUUACUGGGUACUUCAGCUUGCAGUUGGUACCUUAAAGAGUUUCAGUGCGCUUCGUUGUGCAUGGAUCAACAAUUUCAUUCUGGCUCUUGCCUCUUUGGCGUUCUCUUUCUGUUUUGAGACAUGGCUUGUGGUGGAGCAUGAGAAGCAAGACCAGAAGCAAGAUUUGCUGUUUGAUACCUUCUGGCUGAUGACAUUCUUUGAAUCAGUGUCCCUAAUUGGAAGUCAAGAAAUCACAAAUGUAAUGGUUAGUAAUGAUGACAGUGGCUUCUUGCUUCCCUAUGCAUUUGCAGCCACACUAUCAGUAGUUGGGAUUCUAUAUAACAGAAAUGCAUCAAGUAUCACUCAGCAUGCAUCUGCCAUUGGGAGCUACCAAAAAUCAUUUUUUGCUCAUGUCCUCAGAGACAAAAGAGUACUGAUCCUGGUCUUAGCUCAAGCAAGCAUCCAUUUUGCUGUCUCAGCCUUUUGGUUUCUCUGGGCACCAACCAUAGUGGCUGACGGAAGGUAUGCUCAACUGUCAGUAAUUUACCCCUGUUUCUUGGCAUCAAGAAUGCUCGGAAGCGCUGGUUUUCCAUGGUUUUAUGGAGCCACAGCUCCUUUCCAGAAUGAGGACAGCCUGACAAUAGCUUACAUUGGUGCUGGACUUGCAUUGUCUAUUGAAGCUUAUGAUUACCAGGAGAUUGGAACAUUGGUGAUACUGUUCUGCAUCUUCCAUGCAUGUGUAGGAUUUAUUUUACCUUCACUAGCGAGAUUGAGAACAAUGUACCUGCCAAAUGAGCUGCGUGGGGGCAUGAUGAGCUUUUCGCUGUCAUUAGCAAAUGCUGCUAUCUUUGUUUUCCUACUACAGGACACCCACCCUCGAAGCAUUGCAAAUUCAACCAUUCUGGGUCUUGCAUCCUGCGGCCUGUUAGGAGCUGGGGGUUGCAUUCACAUGCUGAGGCGGUGGAGGAAGCACACUCGCCAGAAUGCCCGGAGCUUGUAGGCGCUCCGGGGCAUCCAAGACUACAGGCACGCAUACCGCUUACGGGCGAUUUUGUAGCAUGCUAGUACCUCACAUUUUCGUCAACUCCCCCCACGUCUGGAAACUGAUGUUCACACCAUUGGUCGGUGAUCGCUUGUGCAGCGCAUGGGAAGGUAGGUGGAGGACAUGGUUUUGUGUUCAGAAGAUAAUGGUUCCGUUUGACGGUCGACGCUCACACAUUCUGUAUACUUUUGAUGUAGCCAGAAAGUUUUCUUUCAAUAUACCGUGACUGGUGAUGUAAAUUUUGGUUUGACAGUACAUUUUUGGUGCAUUGUAAAUACCAAAUCAUUCUUCGCUUUUUGAGGAAAAAAAAUAAAGAAAUGCUGUUCAUUUUUGGUCC